AUGUCAAGAGCAGCAGUCGGCACCAUGGCCAGUACAAAGCCAUUCAAAAGAGACGAAAUACCCGACCCGAGGCGCUGUUUCCGAGAGCGUUGAUCGUGAGCGAAAAUUCACCUUGAGAGAAGCCGAACCCAACGACAUCUGGGAGAGCGGACACUGUAACGAGGGGGGCGGCCAUGAGUACCAGGGCCGCAGCUGUCACCACUGAGUGGCCGGCGGUGCUGGUCGGUGCCAACCCGCACUACGCCAGCGUCCUCGUCGAUGGUGCCGACAGUGGCCGCCAGGACAACUGGAGCAACGCUCAGCCAGACCCAUGGGCAACAAACGACACGAGCAGCAUGCAAGCCAAUCUGAGCCAGUCCUGGCAUGAGAACCUUCCGGUCGUAAUCACCGUCUCCUUGCUGCUCUGCCUAGUGAUCAUCGCCACUGUAAUCGGCAACAUCUUCGUCAUCGCGGCCAUCAUCUGGGAGCGCAACCUGCGCACCGUUAGUAACUAUUUGGUGCUCUCAUUGGCUGUUGCGGACUUGAUGGUGGCUUGUCUGGUCAUGCCACUGGGCGCGGUGUACGAGGUGACGCGAGAAUGGAGAAUGCCACCCGAGCUGUGCGACGUGUGGACGUGCUGCGACGUACUGUGCUGCACCGCGUCCAUCCUGCACCUGCUAGCCAUCGCCGUGGACCGCUACUGGGCGGUGACCAUCGUGGACUACAUGCGGCAGCGGGACGUCCGGAAGGUGGGCAUCAUGAUUUUCCUUGUGUGGAGCGUGGCCUUCGUGGUGUCCAUAGCACCAAUCUUCGGCUGGAAGGACAAGGACUCGCGCAGCCGUGUCCUGCACGAGAAGAAGUGCCUGGUGAGCCAGGACGCCGCGUACCAGGUGUUUGCCACCUGCUCCAGCUUCUACGUGCCGCUCAUUAUGAUUCUCCUGCUUUACUGGCGCAUCUUUAAGGUGGCGCGCCAGCGGAUUCGCCACAAGCCGGGUGCCAAAGCUGUGCUCAUCGUUCACAAGGAACCAUCGACGUCAUCGGCCGUGGCGUCCAACGAGAACACACCGCAGCACAACACUACGACCAUGAGCUCGCCUGCCCACAACAGCAGUAAUCAGUCGUCGCCCAGCAACGGCAUGAACAAAGCCAUGCACGGAGGCAUCGGCCGACUACUCGUGCUCACAAAACGCGAGAAGAAGCACGUCGAGGAGUCGCUCGAAUCCCGGCGCGAGCGCAAGGCAGCCAAGACAGUGGCCAUCAUCACGGGCGUGUUCGUCAUGUGCUGGCUGCCCUUUUUUGUCAUGGCGCUAGUCAUGCCACUAUGCGAGACGUGCGACCCGGGAAAGCUGGUGUUCAGUUUCUUCUUGUGGCUGGGCUACGCGAACUCGAUGAUAAACCCGAUAAUAUACACCAUAUUCAGUCCCGACUUUCGGAACGCCUUUAAUAGAAUACUGUGCGGCAAGAAGCCCGCCAUGAGAUGA